AUUCAAACGCAGAACAGGAAGACGAACUAGGACUUGUUCUGCGAUUGCAUGAGUUGUUUCACAUUUUGUCUAUCGCCUGGACAGCCACGUCGUGAAUUUGAUAUUUUGAGUAAGGAUGAGUGCAGCCUCUACACCUGUCUCCCGGGUAGGUCCAGGAUGGACGUCAUCCUCUUUGAAGAACAAGGGUCUGUCUCCUGGAGCAUGUAGCACUCCCCUGCUGGCAGCUUUUCCCGGUAACGAUGACGAGCAGGAACGUCGUCAGCGCAGGAGAUCGAGAGUCAUUGACCUCCAAGCUGCAACUGAUACGUCCUUCAGUGACUCUGCUUCUCACAGUGCUCUGGCGACUCCUGCAGCUGUACCCAAGUUGUCAAAUGCUCAAAUUUCAGAGCACUACUCAACGUGUAUAAAACUCUCCACUGAAAAUAAAAUCACCACCAAAAAUGCCUUUGGUCUGCAUCUGAUUGAUUACAUGGCAGAUAUUCUAAAACAAAAGGACUCUGAGCUCACCAACUUUAAGGUGGCAGCUGGUACUCUGGAUGCCAGUACAAAGAUCUAUGCCGUGAGGGUGGAUGCUGUUCAUGCUGAUGCUUACAGGGUGCUGGGUGGCUUGGGGGCCGAGACAAAACCUGGAGAGGAUCAUGGUCAAAAAGAGGAGGAUGGAGGUGAUGUGACUGCCAAGCAGACAAAGAAAAAGAGGCCUCCAAAGAAAACAGUGGAGCAGAACCUGAGCAACCUCAACAGUGCAGAGUCUGAGAGGAGGUGUGAGGUGGACCCCAUGUUUCAACGAAUGGCCUCAUCCUUUGACGAGAGCAGCACGGCUGGCGUCUUCCUCUCCGUUCUCUUUAGUGAGGACAGUCGCUGUGAGCUGCUGUUUCCUUCUUACAUGACCCUCCUUCAGUCCAGAUCAUCCUAUUCUCCUCCACCUCCACAGGAAGUCCCUGCAUCAGCGUUCAUGGGCGGAUUGCAGCGUUCCCAGGAGAAAAACUCCAUUUGUCCAUCGCUUCAGGACUUCUCCUUUACAAGCUGGAACCCUGAGCAGACCAUGAAUCAGCUAUUAGAGAAGAUGAAGCAGGGUGAUCACGUGUUUGAUGUGAAUGCUGAGCCUGAGCCAGAACCAGAGGAAGAUGACUGUCCUGACUUUGAUGCCGACUUUGAGGAUGGGCCAGCAGACUAUGAGGAGGGGUCCAAGGAACACAAGGAGGGCUUUGAGGCCUCUGGCUCUGUCAAAGGACGGGAUGUGAUUCCCAUUGGAGAGGGAGACAUUGCCACCAUGUGUUUGCAGCUGUCCUCUCAACCAAGGGAGUAUUCCUACUUCAGCCCCAGGACCAUGGCCACUUGGGCUGGACCUGGAUACUGGCAGUUCAAACCGAAGCACAAAUUGGAUCAUUUGCCCGACAAGGAAAUGCGAAAAAGGAAGCCCAAAAAACCCAUUGAAAUAGACUUCAAUGAUGACGUCAACUUUGAUACCUAUUUCCGAAUCACAAGGGCAGCUACCACAAACAACAAGUCUGCGCUCAGCACCAGCAACAAGAAAACAACUCUACCAGCAGAUUUCCAGUUUCCCCCAGAGACGCUUUCACAGCUCAGCCUUAAACCCUCCAGCUCGCUGAGUCAAGAGGGACAGAAAAGGCUGUCUGGAGAGCUUGGAGAAGGCAUCGGUGAUUAUGACUACAACAACGCCAACGAUACAGCCAACUUCUGUCCAGGUCUUGAGGGUGGUGACAGUGAUGAUGAUGUUGAAGGAUUUCCCUGUUCAGACGAUAUUCAGCCUUCGGGUGACGGUAUGCCACCGCCCUCCCAAGUUCUCGGGGAUGUGUCCACAUACGGGGAAAAGGAUCUGGUACCUGAGCCACACAGAGUCAACAAAAUUGAAAUCAAUUAUGCCAAGACAGCAAAGAAAAUGGACAUGAAGAGGCUAAAGAACAGCAUGUGGACUCUGCUGACUGACAGUCCAGAAAAACCGACACAGCAGGUGGAGGAAACAUUACAAGUGUCUGUAGAGAAGGUUUUCAGUCAGACCACAAAGCAGCUGCUUCAAAGAUUGCCAAACACUAUGGCUCAGAACCUGUCGGUGCCACUUGCAUUUGUUGCUCUGCUUCAUCUUGCCAAUGAAAAGAAUUUGGAGCUGGUGAAGGUCGAUGACAUGUCAGAUAUCAUCAUCAGACAAGGCCAAUAAGAAGAAGAAGAACAGAUUUUUUUUAUUUUUUUAUUCUCUACAUUUUCCCUUUUUAACUGUUUUAUAUUCAGUCUUGUCUGUUUAGUUUUUAUUUUUUUUUAUGUAUUUCCUAGUUUAAAUGUCAUUACAAAUUUUAGCAAAAUAAAAUCUGCUUUUAAACCUUUA